AUGUCUCAGGAACCUAGGACACGCUCCCUUUUCCUGGUCCUUUUCCUGAGCCAUGGAGUGGCAGGUCAGAAAACUUCAAAUUCCAGGCAGGAUUUGGAUCCAUUGUUGCAAAAAAUGGCGGAAGAAAUAAUAGAGGGAAGCUAUCUGAAUGCAUUUCUGGAUCUUAUACAGUUUCAAAGUGCCCAUGGGUGGACGACUGACCUGUCCUACCAAGUCCUGGACUACCUGAAUUCCCGGAAUGUUGCCUACACCCUUCCCAGCCUGCAGGCAGCCAUGGAAAAUCAUCUGCAGCAGCGACUGUACCAGCCGCAGAAGCUACUGGCAGACCUCAGAAGCACUGAUGCUCAGCAGUUCCGCACUGCCAUGAAAUGCCUCUUAGAAGAUAAGCAGGAUCACUUGGACCUGAAGGACAUUGUCAUUGACUUGAGGCAGAUACAGGAACAAGCUUUGCAGAGUCCUGGUGUGAACCGCAGCCUCUUUCUCGUCACACUGGAGAGGUGUUUCCAGCUGCUGAGUUCCCUGGAGUGUGUGGAGAUCCUGGGCAGGCUGCUGAGGGGGUCCUCAGGCCAUUUUCUCCAGCCAGAUGUCACCGAGUGGCUGCCCCAGCGCCUGCAUGUGGAUGCAUUUAGGAACCUAUCUGCAGUAUUCAAAGAUCUCUAUGAUCAAACCUCAGCUCACGCUCAGAGAGCUGUCUACUCCUGGAUGACGGGGAUCUUGCGUACAUCCUCCAAUGCCACUGAUGACUCUAUUUCAUGGGUCAGUGCAGAAAACUUAUGGAUUUUGGGCAGAUAUAUGGUUCACCUAUCACUUGAAGAAAUUAUGAAAAUUAGUACUCUAGAAAUUGGGCUGUUUAUCAGCUAUGACAAUGCCACCAAGCAGUUGGAUACAGUCUAUGACAUCACUCCUGAACUGGCCCAUGCAUUCCUGGAGAAGAUUAGCUUGUCCAGCUUCGACGUGAGGAAUAUCUCGACCAUCCACAGGCUGGGACUGCUGGUUUGUUUCUACGAUGACCUGGAGCUGCUGGAUGCCACACUUGCCCAAGUUCUCCUCCAUCAGAUGAUCAAAUGCAGCCGCCUGCAGGGCUUCCAGGCCAGGGUUCAGAAGCUCAAAGCUGACCUCCUGGACAUUGCCACAGAGAACCGGACCCUUAAUGAAACCCUGGGCUCUUUGUCAGACGCGGUUGUGGGUUUGCCCUCAAGUCAGCUGGAAUCUCUGUCCCCUGAGGCUGUGCAGGCUGCCAUCUCUACUCUCAACCAGGUCUCGGGUUGGGCCAAAAGCCAGGUCAUCAUCUUGUCUGCCAAGUACUUAGCCCAUGAAAAGGUGCUGUCCUUCCACAGUGUAAGUCAAAUGGGGGCGCUGCUGGCAGGGGUUGGAACCCAGGCCUUCUACAACAUGGACCGCAAGGACCUUGUGCAGGUCCUGAGAAGCACAGUCUCCCAGCACAUGUCGGAUCUGUCACCUGCCCAGCAGCACGGUGUUCUCAGCAAGCUGAAUGAAGCCAGAGACACGGCCCCGGGCAUUGUGGAGUUGCAAGGGGCUCUCUUCAAGGAAGUGUCUCUCUUUGAUUUAAGGAGAGAACUCCGAUUCAACUCCUCAGUCCUGAAGGAAAAGGAGCUUCGGAGGAGCCAGGCCUUGUUUCUGUAUGAAUUUCUGUCAAAGGUGACUGGACGGCCUGAGGAACUCCUGAGUGCUGGGCAGCUGAUCAAAGGCGUGACGUGCUCCCACAUUGAUGCCAUGGAUGCCAACUCCUUCCUGGCCCAUUUCCGGUAUUUUGAGAACAAUCUCUCUCUGCUUUCACCAGAUCAGGUUAAUUGUUUGGCGUCGAAAUACUGGGAUGUUUCCAGGUCUUCUAUGCCACUGUUCCUCUUGGUCACACUUCCGGCACGCUUCCUGGCUUCUGUCCCAGCCUCCAAGUGUGCGCCCUUUCUGAUCAGCCUGGGGAAGAAUCAGUUGGACUCCUUGGUUUUAGAUUCUUACAAAAAGAAUUUGGUUCUCAGGAAGGUGCUGAAGUGCCUGGGCAAUUCCAUGGCUGAUGAGUACAUUGUGGACAUCGUGGGAAAACUGCUCUGUCAUUUACCAGCAACCUUUAUUGAAAGAGGAAUCUCCCCCAGGGCUUGGGCCACCGCUUUGCCUGGCCUCAGAGCUUGCCCAGACCUCAGCCCGGAACAGAAGGCUGCAGUGAGGCUCCGGCUCCUGGAGCAGUGUGGACCUCCACAGAACUGGACAGCAGAGACUGUGAAGGACUUGGGACCAUUUCUCAUACUCUUCUCAGGAGAUGAACUACGUUCUGUUGCCACAAAGUUUCCUGAUACUCUUCAACAAACUGCUUCUCAGAUGAUUGGGAAACAGCUUCCUAAAGAGUUCCUCUGGACUGUCCUUGAAUCUGUUCGGAAUAGCAGUGUUGAGAAUCCUCACUUUCAUCCCAUCCCUGGUUGCCAUGGAGUCCCUGCUCCUUCUUCCAAUGACAUCUUUAAGUUGGCUGAAGCCAAUGCCUGCUGGACUCCUGAGGCUCUCCUCUGCAUGGGAGAAGACACAUUCAUUAGGAACGUGGAGCUGCUGGGGGCUGUCAAGAGUUUCAGUUGGCCUCAGCUAAUGGCCCUGAAGGAGAAGGCGAUCCAGGUUUGGAACUCACCUUCCUGCUGGAGAGGACACCAUGUUGUCUCCCUGGGGCGAAUUGCUCUGGCUCUUAACGAGACUGAGCUGACACAGCUGGACCUCAGCUCCAUAGACACUGUAGCUUCUCUGAGCCAGCAGACAGAGUGGACCUUAGCACAGGCUAAAUCCAUCCUUCAAGGGUUCCUACAGGAUUCAGGGUAUAGCAUUCAAGAUCUGAAGAGCUUUCAUUUGGUAGGACUUGGUGCCACUUUGUGUGCUUUGAAUGUCACCGAAAUCCCACUUAUAAAGAUCUCAGAAUUCAGGAUGGUGGUUUCCAGAAUUGGGAAAUUACUCUGUAGUAACCAUGUCUUAGCUGAGUUUAAGAAGAAGGCAGAAGUUGUGUUUGGGAAGCCCACUGAAUGGACCAGCUGUGUCUUACAGGAGCUUGGGACCAUUGCAGCUGGAUUAACUAAGGCAGAGCUCCAAAUACUCGACAAGGAAUUGAUGCUGUAUUUUCGGCCAUCAGCAAUAAAAUGUCUUCCUGAUGAGAUCUUCAAAGAGCUGUCCGCGGAGCAGAUCCUCUCCUUGGGCCCUGAGAACGCGGCUGCCGUUACCCACGCCCAGAGCCGGCUGCUCAGCGCGCCACAGCUGCAGAGCCUCCAGCGGGCACGAGAUGGCGCCAAGCUUCACUCCUGGCAGGACGUGCCCGAGAGCUCCGGCCCUACUCAGACUGCGGCCUCCGAGUCUCCCCCGGGAGUGCCACUCUCCAAGGAUCUUUGGAUUGGCUGCCCCCUGCUGCUUCUAAUAGCCCAAACCUGGUGGAGAGUGGCCUGAAUGUUCAGCCCUUUGCUGUCUUGAGCAAUUGGUCAAGGUGUGUAAGGACAGAGGAUGCUUCUGACUGUGGCAGACCCUUAUCUGGACUCAGAGCUCAACUAAGGGCAGUGAGACCCUGGAGCCUUGACAUUUAAAAGGCACCAAAAGGAAAAAUAAUUAUUUAAAAGGAUCUUGCAAGUUCUUAAGUCAGCCUGUCUUCCUAGCAGGGUGCCUUUUUUUCUGUCCUGUUUUAGCCUCCUUUGUUUUCUGCUUGGAGUUUGAAAAGCUGGAGGAGGGCAAGGUGUUUUCUGUUAAGAGCAUGAAGAUCUUACAAGUUACUGGCCUCCCUUGCUCUCUCCAGAGAACUAGAGGUGGGUGCAAGAAAAGAUACCCUUUUAGCCAGCGUCGGAUCUCAUUUCUACUCUGGCUUAAUUUCACUUCCUUGGUGCUAUAGGCUGCAUUGAAUUUCUCCUUCUUCGAUGCUUAGCAGAGCUGAAAUAAAUGAAUCCCUCGACAGAAACCAAUAUUCUUGCCUGAUUACUGCGACUAAUUGAUGUUUUGGUGGGCAUUGCACCGCUUGGAAAUUAAAACAUUUAACAUGGCUCAAUGUUAAAUCAAUUAUUAAAUACA